AUGCCCCCCACAGCCAUCCUGUGCCCGUCACCACUGCCCCGGGAGACGCCUCUGCUGCUGCUCUUCGCUGCGGGCCCUGCGAUGGCGCCCCGGCCUCCACUGGGCGCCUGCCUGCUGCUCGUGCUGCCGCUGCUGUGCCCACCGCUCACCCUGACGUGGGCACACCGCUUCCCAGCGCCCAAUACCACCCUCAACCGCUUGGCGCUGGCCCCAGGCCGGGGCGCGCUCUACGUGGGCGCGGUGAACCGCCUUUUCCAGCUCAGCCCCGCGCUGCGGCUCGAGUCGGUGGCCGUCACAGGCCCGGUCCUCGACAGCCCCGACUGCGUGCCCUUCCGGGAGCCGGCCGAGUGCCCGCAGGCCCGGCUCACCGACAACGCCAACCAACUGCUGCUGGUGAGCGGCCGGGCCCGGGAGCUGGUGGCCUGCGGGCAGGUGCGGCAGGGAGUGUGUGAGAAGCGGCGCCUCGAGGAUGUGGCGCAGCUGCUGUACCGGGCCGAGGACCCCGGCGACGGGCAGUUCGUGGCUGCCAACGCCGUGGGCGUGGCUACGGUGGGCCUGGUGGUGCCCGGGCCAGGCCAGGACCUCCUGCUGGUGGCCAGGGGCCUGGCGGGCAAGCUGUCGGGCGGGGUGCCACCCCUGACCGUGCGCCAGCUGGCUGGGCCACAGCCCUUCUCCAGCGAGGGCCUGGGCCGCUUGGUGGUGGGCGACCUCUCCGACUACAACAACAGCUACGUGGCGGCCCUCGCUGACGCUCGCUCGGCCUACUUCGUCUUCCGCCGCCGUGGGGCCCGGGCACAGGCCGAGUACCGCUCCUACGUGGCUCGGGUCUGCCUGGGGGAUGCCAACCUCUACUCCUACGUGGAGGUGCCCCUCACCUGCCGGGGCCACGGCCUCAUCCAGGCCGCCUCCCUCGCCCCAGGCGCCUUACUGGGAGCGUUUGCUGCCGGCCCGAGGGGGGCGCAGGCGGCCCUGUGCGCCUUUCCCCUGGCCGACCUGGACGCGACCAUGGAGCGGGCCCGGCGCCUUUGCUACACCACGGGCGGCCGGGGCCCCGGCGGCACGGAGGAAGCCACCGUGGAGUACGGCGUCACAUCGCGCUGCGUCACCCUGCCGCCCGACUCCCCCGAGUCAUACCCCUGUGGCGACGAACACACCCCGAGCCCCAUUGCGGGCCGCCAGCCCCUGGAGGCGGGGCCUCUGCUGCAGCUCAGAAACUCCAUCAGCGCAGUCGCAGCCCUCCAGGCAGACGGACACACGAUAGCGUUCCUGGGGGACGUCCAGGGCCAGCUGCAUAAAGUCUUCGUCAAUGGCACCCGAGGCCAGGUGUACCACUCACAACAAGUGGGGCCCCCGGGCUCGGCCAUCAGCCCCGACCUGCUGGUGGACAGCAGCGGCAGCCACCUCUACGUGCUGACUUCCCAGCAGGUGGACCGCUUACCCGUGGCAGCCUGCCCCCAGUUCCCCGACUGCAGCAGCUGCCUCCAGGCCCGGGACCCCCUGUGCGGCUGGUGCGUCCUGCAGGGCAGGUGUACCCGCAAGGGCCAAUGCGGGCGGGCAGCCCAGCCCAACCAGUGGCUAUGGAGCUACGAGGACGGCCGCUGCCUGCACAUCCAGAGCCUGCUGCCGGCCCACCAUCCCCGCCAGGAGCAGGGCCAGGUCACCUUGUCUGUGCCCCGGCUGCCCACCCUCACCGUGGACGAAUACUUCCACUGUGCCUUUGGGAACUAUGACAGCUUGGCUCACGUGGAAGGGACCCACGUGGCCUGCGUCACCCCUCCCCAAGACCAGCUGCCGCAUAAUCCUCCAGGCACAGAGCACAUCACCUUGCCCCUGGCCCUGAUGUUCGAGGACGUGGUCGUGGCUACCGCCAACUUCUCCUUCUACGACUGCGGUGCCGUGCAGGCCUUGGACGCGGCUGCCCCGUGCAGUGCUUGUGUGGGCAGCCGCUGGAGGUGCCACUGGUGCCCCCAGAGCAGCCGCUGUGUGUACGGGGAACGCUGCCCGGAGGGCGAGAGGACCAUCUACAGUGCCCAACAGGUGGACAUCCAGGUGCGGGGCCCAGGGGCUUGUCCCCGGGUCGAGGGCCUGGUAGGCCCCCUCCUGGUGCCUGUGGGCUGGGAGAGCCGUUUGGCCCUGCGCGUGCGGAACCUUCAGCAUUUCCGGGGCCUGCCUGCCUCCUACCACUGCUGGCUGGAGCUGCCCGGAGAACUGCAGAGGCUGCCAGCCUCCCUGGAGGAGGUGGCCGGGGACGCCGGCCUCAUCCACUGCCAGGCCCAGCAGUUCCAGCCCUCCAUGGCCCAGCGGGAGCUCCCGGUGCCCAUCUACGUCACCCGGGGCGAGGGCCAGAGGCUGGACAAUGCCCGCACUCUUCAUGUGACCCUGUACGACUGCGCGGUGGGCCACCCCGACUGCAGCCACUGCCAGGCGGCCAGCGGGAGCCUGGGCUGCCUGUGGUGCAGCCACGACCGGCCCACCUGCCGCUACGGGCCGCUGUGCCCGCCGGGGGCCGUGGAGCUGCUGUGUCCCGCACCCAGCAUCAACGCGAUUGAGCCCCUGACCGGCCCCCCUGAGGGCGGCUUGGCCCUCACCAUCCUGGGCUCCAACCUGGGCCGGGACUUUGCCGACGUGCAGGACGCCGUGAGCGUGGCUGGCCGGCCCUGCAGCCCUGACCCCUCUCUCUACCGCAUCUCUGCCCGAAUUGUGUGUGUGACAUCUCCUGCCCCCAACGGCACCGUGGGCCCAAUCCAAGUGGCCGUUAAGAGUCGGCCACCGGGCAUCUCAACCCAGCACUUCACCUACCAGGACCCCGUCCUGCUGAGCCUGAGUCCCCAGUGGGGCCCCCAGGCAGGGGGCACCCAGCUCACCAUCCAUGGGCAGCACCUGCAGACGGGAGGCAACAUCAGUGCCUUUGUGGGCAGCCAGCCCUGUCGUAUAAGGGAGCCAGUGUGUCCUGAGGCCAUCGUGUGCCACACCACGCCCCAGGCCAGCCCAGGAGAAGCUGUGGUUCGAGUGGUCUUCGGCCGUGCCCAGCGCACGCUGCUCGCCAGCCCCUUCCACUACACCGCCGACCCCCAGCUCGUGGCGGCGGAGCCCAGCGUCAGCUUCCGGGGGGGCGGGCGGCUGAUCCGAGUCAGGGGCACGGGCCUGGACGUGGUAGAGCGGCCCCUGCUGUCCGUGUGGCUGGAGGCCGCGGAGGAGACGGCUGUGGCGGUGCAGCCCCGGGACCCGACCCCCAGGGGGAGCUGUCGGGCCCCCGCCGCAGCGCCCCAGGCUUGCACCCAGCUUGAGGGGGGCCUGCUGCAGUGCUCCACCGUCUGCUCCAUCAACUCGUCCAGCCUCCUCCUGUGCCGGAGCCCUGCAGUGCCGGACGGGGCCAGCCCUCGGCGCGUCUUCUUCGCCCUGGACAACGUGCAUGUGGACUUCGCCCGCGCCAGUGGGGGCCAGGACUUCCUGUACCAGCCCAACCCCCGCCUGGCCCCGCUCAGCCGCGCCCGCCCCUACCGCCUCAAGCCAGGCCACAUCCUGGACGUGGAGGGUGAGGGUCUCAACCUGGGCAUCAGCAAGGAGGAGGUGCGCGUGCACAUCGGCGACGGCGAGUGCCUGGUGAAGACUCUCACGCUCACCCACCUGUACUGCGAGCCGCCCGCGCGGGCCCCGCAGCCCACCAACGGCUCCAGACCCCUGCCGCAGUUCGUGGUGCAGAUGGGCAACGUGCGGCUGCCACUGGGCCCCGUCCAGUACGAGGCUGAGCCCGCGCUCUCUGCCUUCCCCGUGGAGGCCCAGGCGGGCCUGGGCCUGGGCGUGGCCGUGCCGAUCGCCGCCGUGCUCCUCCUGACCCUCGUGUACAGGCACAAGAGCAAGCAGGCCCUGCGGGACUACCAGAAGGUUCUGGUGCAGCUGGAGAACCUGGAGAUCGGCGUAGGCGACCAGUGCCGAAAGGAGUUCACAGACCUGAUGACGGAGAUGACUGACCUCAGCAGCGACCUGGAGGCCAGCGGGAUCCCCUUCCUGGACUACCGCACAUACGCCGAGCGCGUCUUCUUCCCCGGGCGCGGCAGCUGCCCGCUGCAGCCUGCCCUCGAGGGGCCCGGGGAAGAGGGCCGCCGCGCGCCGGUGCGCCAGGGCCUCAUGCAGCUCUCCAACCUGCUCAACAGCAAGCCCUUCCUCCUUACGCUCAUCCACACCCUGGAGGAGCAGCCCAGCUUCUCCCAGCGGGACCGCUGCCUCGUGGCCUCGCUGCUGUCCCUGGCGCUGCACGGCAAGCUCGAGUACCUGACCGACAUCGUGAGGACGCUGCUCGGAGACCUGGCUGCCCAUUACGUGCAGAAGAACCCCAAGCUCAUGCUACGCAGGACGGAGACUAUGGUGGAGAAGCUGCUCACCAACUGGGUGUCCAUCUGUCUCUACACCUUCCUGAGGGAGGUAGCGGGUGAGCCGCUCUACGUGCUCCUGCGGGCCAUCCAGUACCAGGUGGACAAGGGCCCUGUGGACGCCGUGACAGGCAAGGCAAAACGGACCCUGAACGACAGCCGCCUGCUGCGGGAGGACGUGGAAUUCCGAACCCUGACGCUGACGGUGCUGGCUGGCCCGGGGGUUGGUGGGGCUGCGGCGGGCAGCAUGGCGCAGCGCGUGCCUGCCCGGGUGCUCGACACGGACACAAUCACCCAGGUCAAGGAGAAGGUGCUGGACCAAGUCUACAAGGGCACCCCCUUCUCCCAGAGGCCCUCAGUGCACGCCCUAGACCUCGAGUGGCGCUCAGGCCUGGCUGGUCACCUAACCCUGUCGGACGAGGACCUGACCUCAGUGACACAGAACCGCUGGAAGAGACUCAACACCCUGCAGCACUACAAGGUCCCGGAUGGAGCCACGGUGAGGCUCAUUCCCCAGCUGCACAACGGAGGCGCCGUCUCCCAGAGCCCGGCCCCGAGCUGCCCCUCUGGGCAGAGUGAGUCCCGUGGCCCAGGCGCACCAACCUGCCCCCGAGUUCGAGACGUCCCCGCGCUGGAGGACGGUGAGGACGGCGGGGUCCGCCUCUGGCACCUGGUGAAAGUCGCCGAUGAGCCAGAAGCAGCGAAGGCGCGGCGCAGCAGCCUGAGGGAGCCGGAGCGGGAGCGGACGCGGGCCAAGGCCAUUCCGGAGAUCUACCUCACCCGCCUGCUGUCCAUGAAGGGCACACUGCAGAAGUUUGUGGACGACGCCUUCCAGGCCAUCCUCAGCGUGAACCGGCCUGUGCCCAUCGCUGUCAAGUACCUGUUUGACUUCCUGGACGAGCUGGCCGAGAAGCACGGCAUUGAGGACCUGGAGACCUUACACAUCUGGAAGACUAACAGCCUGCUCUUGAGGUUCUGGGUGAACACCCUGAAGAACCCACAGCUCAUCUUUGACGUGCGGGUGUCGGACAACGUGGACGCCGUCCUCACCGUCAUUGCCCAGACCUUCAUGGACUCCUGCACCAUCUCGGAGCAUAAAGUGGGCCGGGAUUCCCCCGUGAACAAACUGCUCUACGCCCGGGAGAUCCCUCGCUACAAGCAGAUGGUGGAGAGGUACUACUCCGACAUUCGCCAGAGCUCUCCGGCGAGCUACCAGGAGAUGAACUCGGCCCUGGCCGAGCUCUCGGGGAAUUACACCUCCGCUCCCCACUGUCUGGAAGCUCUGCAAGAACUCUACACCCACAUCCACAGGUACUACGACCAGAUCAUCAGUGCCCUGGAGGAGGACCCUGUGGGCCAGAAGAUGCAACUGGCCUGCCGCCUGCAGCAGGUUGCCGCCCUGGUGGAGAACAAGGUGACUGACCUGUGAGCUGGGCAGCAGCAGGGUCUGCCAGUUCAAUGCCCUGGACGGAGCCUGGACGGAGCCGGUGACACAGGAGUGGCUGGCAGAGAGCGGGAGCGGCUCCCUGCUGCCUACCCGCCCCCCCCCCGCCCC